UUUUAUUAUUUUUUUGUAAUUAAGCAAUAAUACAUUUAUUUAUUUCUAAAACUAAUAAUAAAAAAUUAGAAAACAAAAAAUUUAAUUAAUAAAAGCACGAUAGUAUUAAGAUAAAAGCAUAAAUUACAUAAGGUUAGGUUAUGUAUAUAAAUUCACCAAAUAUGGAAGGAAAUAACUAGCAAGAAAAGUAGGAUGAUAUUGAAAAGAGAAAAAUUUCUGAAUUUAAAGAGAAGGCACAAGAGAAAAAGCGUACAGACUCAAGAAAUGAGUAGCUCAACUACCAUCGUAAGCGUAUGAUUUAGCCAGUUUAAAUAAGAUAGUUAUCAUAAGAAGACUUCAAAUUUGAUGAGCAAUUUGAUGAUGAGAAUGUUGAUUAUAUAAACUAGAAGAUUUAGGAGUUUAAGUUGAAAAUAGUUAAUCCUCAAUCAGAAGAGGAGCUCUGGAAAGCUCUGCUAAUUUUCGAGACAAUGUCAAAAAAAAUAAGCUCAGUAAAUAUAAAGCUCACUCUUUCCAAAGAUCUCAAUUUUGUGAGGCAGCUACUUUAGUAAACAUAGAGUCCUAAUAUAUCAGAUGAGUGCAAACUGGGAACUUUGUAAAUGCUUUCCGAAAUUACUGAAUCAUUUAAAAACCUCAACGACAUCAGUCCUUUAGCUGAUUAAUUUGCUUUCGAAUAAUACCUAAGAGUGUAUAGACAAGCUAAGACUGAGAAAACCUUUACAACUGUUUUGUAAGCUAUUUCACAACUAACUAUGGAUAAUAUAAAAUCAAGUGAAUACUUUAUACAUCACGGCUUUUAUCCAGAGUUUUUGGCAACAUUUGAAAAAUUAAUGACAGUUAAUUCUUAGCUCUAUUUGGAAAGUAUUAAAGACUUAUGUAUAAUUUUGCACGGACUCUCAAGACAAUAACAUCCUUUUGACUAUAAUCACGAAAAAUUAGGAAUAGUUUUUCAAUAUUUGAUUCAAACAAAUGAUUGUGAUAUCCACUUUGAUCUAUCUUCUGCAAUCGAUAACAUUGUAAGAUCCUAUUUAAACAAAAAUAAUUUUGAAUGGGUUGCAAACAAAUUUUAAGAGCUCUACAAUUUAGGACUUAUGAAUGUUGUUAUUAAGCUCAUAAAUCAAGAAAAUGUAUGGAUUCCUGUAAAGGGAAACAAGAUAUUGAGUGCAAUCUCCCACAUUAAAAAUGAUAAAAUUAGACAUGACUUUAUGAUAUAAAUCCACGAAAGUGGAGUAUUUGAUUAGAUCUUAAAAUCUAUAAAGCACUCUUAAAUUCAGGUUGUGCUUAAAUAUCACCUCUUUUUGACCUUGAAAAAUUUAGUAGACGGUGGAUGCAUUUUUCCUGAAAAAUACAACUAUUUAAUUUCAAAUUUGCUUGAUCCAUUGGUGAUAGAAAAAAAAUAGCUUUAACAGCAGGUGAUUGAAGUGAUAUGGCUUGUUUUUUAAAAAGAAAAAAAUAAAGAUUUUAAGAUCGAGAUUACAAUCUAGCUCAUAGAAAUCCUUUGUUCCAUAUUAUAAGAUGAAACAGACACAGAUUUGCUAAAGAAAGGUCUUGACAUAUUUGACAGAGUAAUGUCGAUGUCUGCCUAAGAUGCAAACCAAAAAAAGCACAUAAAGUGGCUCUAGAGACUAGGCUUUAAUUAAAUUAUACACAGUCUUUAAUAAAAUAAAAAUGAAGAAAUAUGUAAAAAAGCUGUAGCUGUUGUUUCAUAUCUAGAUAGUGAUGAAGGCUCUGACAGUGAUGAUAUGAAAGACGAAAGUCUAGAUUGAAAAAAUUAGGUGAAAAAAAUGAUCAAAGCUUAGAUAAUUUAGAUAUAUACAUUAAAAAACAACAAAUUCUUCAAUAAUACACAAAAAUAUUCAUUCAUUCAUUCAUUCAUUCAUACAUUUAUUCAUCCAGCUAGCUAGAUAUUCAUUUAAUAACUAUUUAUUCAUAACUUUUUAAAAAUAAAAACCACUACCUUAGUAAGCUUCUGUCUUUCUUGAAAAAUUCUUUUAAAAUUUAAUUGCUUGAUAUAUUAUAUAAAAUAUAUAAAAUUCAAGGUAUAUUUCAUAUUGUUUUUAUUUAAAAUGCAUCUCUACUAACUAUUCAACUUAAUAGUAAAUCCUAAUUCAAUUCAAUAGUUAUCUUUCUAUCAAUUCUUUUUAACUAGAGUAUUAUUCAAAUUUU